GAAACUUCAAAUCUUGCUUGUAAAAUUUUUUGAGGUCUCUCAGGCCUUUUCCCAAAUAGCUUUUGGCAAUGGCUUCUAAUGUUGCUUUUCCUCAUAUUCUCUUCUUCUCUUUUCUUCUUUUUCUCCUUUUGGAUGUCUCUCAAGCUAAAGUGAACUUGAAUUCCCAUCUCAUAUCUGGCGAUGGAGGCUCUCCAUGGACUUCACCUUCCGGUGACUUUGCCUUCGGAUUUCGCCCCCUUGAAGAUAAGAAUUUCUUCUUGCUCUGUAUUUGGUUCAACCAAAUACCAGAUCAAACUGUUGUUUGGUACGCCAAUGGUGGUAACCCAGCACCAAAAAAUUCCAUUAUUGAGCUUACAAAAGGUGGUCAAUUCGUGCUUACAAAUCCUAAAGGCCAGCAGUUAUGGAAGGCUGAAAUGAUCAAUUCCAGAAAUGUCGCUUACGCUGCCAUGCUCGACAAUGGCAACUUCGUGCUUAAAAGUAAGAAGUCUGUUCACAUAUGGGAGAGCUUCAGCCAACCUACAGACACCAUGUUGCCUGGACAGACACUGCAAGUGGGUGGUAGUCUUUCUUCUCGGCUGUCGAAAAUUGACUACUCAAGGGGAAUGUUUCAGCUCCGAUUGCUCGAAGAUGGAACGCUCGUGCUCAAUCCUGUCUCUUUGCCGUCUAAUUUUCCUUAUGCUCCCUACUUUGCUAUUGAUGCUAAUCCCGCUGAUGAUUGUUCGAAGUUGGUCUUCAACGAAUCAGGCCGUCUUUAUAUAGAGAGGAGCAAUGGAAGCAUUGUUAAUCUCUCACCAUCCGCCAUAUUCCCAAUUGCUGGUUUCUAUCACAGGGCUACCCUUGAUGUUCGUGGAGCAUUUUAUCUGUACGCCCAUCCAAGGCCUUCUCGUGGCGGUACUGGAGACUGGUCCAUUGAGAAAUCAUUUCCUGAUAAUGUCUGUGACAUUAAAGGGUUCCUAGGCAGUGGUGCUUGUGGUUAUAAUAGCUACUGCAAAGUAGCUAAUGGGAUGCCGCAAUGUAAAUGCCCACCUGAAUACACCCUAAAUGAUCCAAACAACAGUCUCAGUGGCUGCAAACCAAAAAUCCCACUUGUAUGUGAAAAGGGUGAAUCUGGUUCCCCUGAGACUCUGUUUGAAUUCAAGGAGCUGAGAGGCACAAAUUGGCCAUUCGCUGAUUACGAAAGGAUUGAGCCCAUUAGUGAAGAGGGCUGCAAGAAUUCUUGCUUGCUGGACUGUUACUGUGCAGUUGUUAUUUAUAGUAACGUGAAAUGUUGGAAGAAGAGGCUUCCACUCUCCAAUGGGAGGUUCAAGGCAAACGACACUUUGAAGGCUUUCUUCAAAGUAAGGCUUGCAAGUUCUUCAAGCACGAAGAAGAAAGAUCGAACAAUAGUUAUCCUGUCUGGAUCGAUGGGUGGUUCUAUAUUUAUGAUCAACUUCCUAUUGUUAGCUGCAAUUUGUCUGACUGCUUGCAUUGCGUACCAAAAAAGACCAAAAGUUAGUAAGCAAGUUUCUAGCAUUUCAGAGACUAAUCUGCAUUCAUUUACAUACAAAGAACUCGAAGAAGCAACAAAUGGGUUCAAGGAAGAAUUGGGACAGGGUUCUUUUGGCAUUGUUUACAAAGGUCUCUAUCCAUUCAGCUCUAACAAUCUGGUUGCAGUCAAGAGACUAAACAAGCUGGUUCAAGAAGGUGAGAAGGAAUUCAAAACAGAGGUAAGUGUGAUCGGUCAGACCCACCACGAGAAUUUAGUUCGAUUGUUUGGAUUUUGUGAGGAAGGGCCACACAGGCUUUUGGUAUAUGAGUUCAUGAGCAAUGGCUCUUUGGCAAGCUUUCUCUUUGGACGCUCAAGGCCUCAUUGGGACCGAAGAACCCCGAUUGCAAUCGGGAUUGCAAGAGGGCUUGCAUACUUACACGAAGAAUGCAGCACCCAGAUCAUCCAUUGUGAUAUAAAGCCUCAGAACAUACUUCUCGACAAUUUUUUCAGGCCAAGGAUUUCUGAUUUUGGAUUGGCAAAGCUCUUAAUGCCUGACCAGGUCUUAACUCUUACAAGUAUUAGAGGAACUAGAGGGUAUAUGGCACCAGAGUGGUUCCGGAGUAUGCCGAUCACAGCAAAAGUGGAUACUUAUAGCUUUGGAGUGAUGUUGUUGGAGAUUAUCUCUUGUAGGAGUGUUGCCCAGACAGCCUGUGGUGGCAAAGACAAAGCAAUAUUAACGGACUGGGCUUAUGAUUGCUACAGAUACGGUAAACUUGAAGAGUUGGUGGAGGGGGAUGAGGAGGCCAUGAGGGAUGAGAAGAGGCAGAAGAGGCUAGAGACUUUGUUGAUGAUAGCAAUUUGGUGUAUUCAAGAGGAGACGUCGCUGAGGCCUGAAAUGAAGGAGGUGUUAAAGAUGCUUGAAGAAACUGUCAAUGUUCCCAGUCCGCGAUGCCCUUUUCCCCUCAGUUCUUACUGUUAA